AUGGAGCUCACGCUGGACUUCCUCCACACCGCCACCGAGUCCUACAAGGCAGAGAUACGCGCCGUCGACUUCGCUGAGGAUGAGGUCAGGGAGGAGACCAGGAAGGAGAUCAACCAGUGGGCGGCGGCGGAGACGAACAAUCUCAUCUGGGAGAUCCUGCCGGAGGGUUCAUUGACCGACCACUCGAGGUUCGUGCUCACCAACGCCAUCUACUUCAAGGGCGCGUGGGAGGCCCGCUUCCCAGAGAACCUCACCGAGGACCAUGAGUUCCACCGCCUCGACGGCGCCGACCCCGUCGACGUCCCCUUCAUGACCCUGCCGGGAACAUGCGAGCUCUUCGUCUCAUACAAUGAAGGCUUCAAGGUGCUCAAGCUCCCCUACAAGGCCGGUGAUGAUGCCAUGUCGCGGUACUCGAUGUGCGUCUUCCUCCCGGACGAGGACGACGGGCUGCACGCCUGCUGUGCCAACAACGCCAUGGUCAGCACUCUCGCGGAUAUGGGUGGCUCCCUGCUUGACCACGUGCCGAAGCUCCGAAGCAGAGUGAGGGAGCUUAUGCUGCCCAAGUUCAAGCUGUCAUUCUUUUGUCGUCUCGCCCAAGUCCUUCGAGGCCUAGGGCUUCGGGAGGCGUUCACCGAGGAGGCCGCCGACCUGUCUGGCAUCAUGGACAAGAGCGUCUGUGACGUGCGCUUGGACGAGGUGUUCCACAAGGCCGUCGUCGAGGUGAAUGAGGAGGGCACCGUGGCGGCUGCCUGCGCCGCCGUCAUCGGCCGCAAGAAGAAAUGUGCAAUGAGGUUGGAGUUCAUCGCCGACCACCCUUUUGCGUUUUAUAUCGUGGAGGAGGUCUCAGGGGCUGUGAUCUUUGCCGGUCAUGUACUGGACCCUUCUAGCUCACCGUAA